AUGAGAGGGAACGAGUUAUCGCAUGUCAAUUAUGUCAGCCGGGUUCUGCGAGAUGCAGAAUUAAGAUAUUUGCGCGUGGAACAGGCGUGCUUAGCUUUCAUAUACGCAACGCAGAAGUUACAGCCUUAUCUUUUGAUACAUGAAACCAUCGUAGUAGCGGCGGCGAAACCUAUAGCUUACUUAGCUUCGAAACUUGUCCUAACGGGAAGAACUUCCCGGUGGCUACUACAAUUGUCGGAGUUCGAGCUCAAAUAUCAACGCCCAAAUGCAGUUCGAGGACAAGCAAUAACCGAUCUCAUAGCAACGUUUUUUGGAGAAGGGGAUGAUGAAGUGCACGAAUAUAUACCCGGAGAAGUGGCAGCCACAGACAUUGACAAGCCCUGGACCAUGUUCUUUGACGGGUCAUCAUAUGGUACUGUCGGAGGCGCCAGAGUAGUAUUUGAAGCACCACAAGGGGAUCUGCUCUCAUACUCGUUCAAAUUGGACUUCCCAUGUAGUAACAAUGUCGGGGAGUAUGAAGCACUGAUUUUGGGACUCCGAAUGGCGAAGGAGAUCAAUCUAGGGAGCCUAGAAGUUAAGGGUGACUUGGGGCUCGUGACGAACCAAGUGAAUGGAGACUUUCAUGUCAAAGAACCGCACUUAGCGCCCUAUCGGGCAGAGGCCCAAAGAUUGAUGAACCAAACGGGGUCGACUCUAGACCAUACUGGUAGAGGCCGAAAUAAUCACGCGGAUGCCCUGGAAACCCUGGCGAGCAAAGUAAAAUUGAAUGGCGAGGAAGAAGGCACUUUCACGAUACGAAGAAAAGAGCUGCCCAACACUUGGAAAGAGGACCGGUCUUUCGAGGAAACAGACGACUGGAGGCGGGUAUAUAUUGAAGACCUGACCAGGAUGGAUGAAGGAAGAGUAAUUUCCACCCAAGACUUGAAGCAAUUCUUAGUGAUCCAAGGAGCCUUGUACUAUAGGGCAGACGGAGGAUCCCUUGCGAGGUGUGUGAAUAAGAGAGAAGCUGAGAAGCUUCUCCAGGAGCUGCACGCGGAAACAUGUGGGAAAACCGGCGACGUCCGCCUCUACAUGUAA